AUGGAUCCCAUCGCACAGGCGUCGCUGGACCGCGUCCUAGCGGCCGUCGAGGCGGAGCGUGCCUUGUCCGAGGAUCUUCGCGAGCAUGCGAAGGUGCUAGAUCGUGCUCAGCGUAAGGUGUGUGUGCAGCUUGGGCAAGUGCAUGCCUUGCCGCUCUCUCAAGUGCCUGCUCAUCUCGAGGUCGUGGCUGCGUCCAUGCGGGACGUCCGUGAGGCACUUGCGCAGCUGGCGGCGCAGGUGCCCGCUCACGAGUUUUACCGGUGGUGCGAUACUUGGGCGGGCUCCGUGCGCAGUGCCACGUACGCUGCGGCGCUUGCCUUCUACCUCGGCACGGGCGGCCUCCUGUCGAAAGAGGGCGCGGAGCGCGUGCUAGGGCUGGACACACUUCCGCCCCACCAGAUGCAGCUGACGACUGACGACUACCUGCAUGGCCUGAUCAGCAUGGUCAAUGACCUGCCGCGCCUCGCGGUGACGGCGGUGAUCGCCGGCGACUAUCAUACGCCACUGAGCGUCGUGACGCUGGUGAAGCAGGUGCAUGCGGCUUUCCAGGUGCUGAACCUGAAAAACGAUGCGCUACGCAAGCGCUUCGACUCGCUCAAAUACGAUGUCAAGCGCGCCGAAGACGUUCUGUACGACAUCCACUUGCGGGGCCUGCACAAGCAGGCUGCGAGCGACGAUGCCGAGAGACUCGUGCAGUGUGAUGGCGCGAGCGACGCCAUGCUCGCUCGUUUGUGUGGCAUGUAG